AUGAGUGGGCGAAAGCGAAGUAAAGCUCAAUCCUCAACUUCGAGUGCUGAAAAAGAACCCGAUGAAACCUAUCUUCAGAAACGACAACGAAAUAAUGAAGCUGUUAAUCGAACAAGACAGAAAAAAAGGCAAGAAGAGACCGAAACUACGGCCAAAGUGGAGGAGUUGCGGCAGGAAAAUGAGCAACUUGAACGGAAGGUUGAAUCUCUACAGAAGGAGCUCACGUUUUUGAAAGAAAUGUUUGUAGCUUAUGCUAACGGGAACAAAAAUAAACCAAAAGAAGACGAACCCAGUAAAAAAGAAUAA